UCACACAGACAGGCAGACACACAGGGCUCAGGGCCUUUGAAUGGACCCUGCCCCCUCCCCUCCCACCACCCAGAGCUGUCUGUGCUAAUUCUCCAGGCUUCAGCCUGUUUCUUAGCCUGGGAUCUGUGCAGCAUUGAGGGACCCACAAAUCAACCUUGAGACUUUUGGCCCAGCCGGCCCUACCAUGACAAAGGAGUAUCAAGAUCUUCAGCAUCUGGACAACGAGGAGAAUGACCAUCAGCACAGAAAAAGGCCGCCUCCUCCUCAUUCAUUCAGUCGGCGUAUCUGCACCGGACCCAGCCUCCUCCUGGUCUCCAUGGGCCUUAGCCUCCUGCUGCUAGUGGUUCUCUGUGUGAUCGGAUCCCAGAACUCCAAGCUGCAGGAAGAGCUCCGGGCCCUGAGAGAGACCUUCAGCAACCUCACAGUGAGCACAGAGGCCAAGGUCAAGGCCCUGAGCGUUCAGGGAGGAAAUGUGGGCAGAAAGAUGAAGUCCCUGGAGUCCCAGCUGGAGAGACAGCAGCAGGAACUGAAUGCAGAUCACUCCAGCUUGCUGCUCCACGUGAAGCAGUUUGUGUCUGACCUGCGAAGCCUGAGCUGUCAGAUGUCUGUCCUCCAGGGCAAUGGCUCUGAAAAGGCCUGCUGCCCAGUGAACUGGAUGGAUUAUGAAGGCAGCUGCUACUGGUUCUCUCGCUCCGGGAAGCCCUGGCCGGAGGCUGAGAAGUACUGCCAGUUAGAGAACGCCCACCUAGUGGUGGUGGGCUCCUGGGAGGAGCAGAAAUUUAUCCAGCACCACAUGGGCCCUGUAAAUACCUGGAUAGGCCUCACGGAUGAAAAUGGGCCCUGGAAAUGGGUGGACGGGACGGACUACGAGACAGGCUUCAAGAACUGGGCGCCAGAGCAGCCAGACGACUGGUACGGGCACGGGCUCGGAGGGGGUGAGGACUGUGCCCACUUCACGGAGGACGGCCGCUGGAAUGAUGACGUCUGCCCGAGGCCCUACCGCUGGGUCUGUGAGGCCCCACGGGACAGAGGCGAUGACAGCUAAGAGCCUCCUCUCCCCUAAUUUAUUUCCUCAAUGCCUUUACCUGACGUAGGGGUCCUGGUUAGGGGCCCUUCUAUCUGGGGGCUUCUGGAUUUUCAUCUAAGAUUUUAGAGGAAAGGGGGAAGGAUGGUGUCUGAGGAAUGUAGAAUGAUGUUUAGAGGGGCGAGGAGAUUGAAACCCAUGCUGCUUUCUAUAGUUUGCAGGUUAUUAUUGUCAACUGGAUUUUUUUUAGAGUAAAAAGAAGAGAAAUACACAAAACAUUGAGUUGUCUGCUUGCUGGGGGUUAGGAAUCGGGAGUGGGCUGGUCAGCACUAGGAAGUCUUGGGCAGGCAAUGGGUCAUCCUGAGAACUGUCUGCACUUUGGGCCAAGAGGCCUGGAUUUGUUUUCUACAGGUAUACAAUUUAGGGCAAGCUAGUCUGCUUUCUGUGUUUCAGCUGUAAAAUAGCAUUAUUAAUGGUUUGUUACUGAACUCAGGUUUGGUUGCUCAUCUCUCAAGAAUACAGUACUGAGAGAUGAGUAAAAGGAACUAUGGCUUUAUUGUGGAAGUUGGCAAUCUAGGGAAGAAGAUGACUCAUAUCCCAAAAAAUCAACUCCUCCUUGCCAAUCAAGGGGCAAGAGGUUUUAAAGGGGAGUUUCAUGGGUACAUAGGUGGGGCAGGAGUUCUGUGCAUAACAACAGAGUUAGCUCUGACAAUCAUCUAUAAACUGGUCAUGCAGUGGU